AUGGACACCUUGGUAGACGGUAACUUCAAGUCCUUGAGUAUAACUCAUACAGGAAGGGACUCCUUUGUAAUUGAGAUAUUUCAUUUAAAUUUCAUUACAGGUAAGGCCGGAGAUCACAUACCAUCAAUGACGGAAGAUGAAUUUAAACGGGUCAUCAUAGAGGUCAAGAAAUAUUCUGCCAUUCACCACUGUCAAAUUCAAGCCGAUCCACUGAACAGCGACCUUCUACUUAAAUUUAAUCGGAUUUUCACAAAUCUGACUUUGAUGGAAGAAGAUAAGGGAACAAAGCAUAAGACACCGUUACUGUACAAAGACCUACUCAAGACCAAGGUAAACGGGGUCUUUCCUCAACGGAUGUUGGUUGAAGGUGAAGGUGGUGUAGGGAAGACAACUCUCUGUGCAAAAAUCGUUUGGGACUGGAUUCAUGGAGCCAGUUACCAAGAUUUUAAACUUGUACUUCUCGUCCUCCUUCGUGAAGUUAAGGAUAAGACAAUUGGAGAGAUUAUAAAGUCCUACCUCCCAGAUGACAAUAUGGUAACAGCCAUGCAGCUAAACAUGUAUGUCUUUUCCCAUCAAAAAGACGUCCUUCUCGCUCUGGACGGUUUUGAUGAGUUUGCUGGCGAUCUGGAUAGCUGUUACCAAAUCGCCCUAAUCAUCCUGAAUCGGCUUUUCAAGUCAGGGAAAGUACUAAUUACAUCAAGACGAUGGAGAUCAGAUGAGAUACGGAAGAUUACAGAGCUCAGAAAGCUGUAUGCUUUCAUUGCCGUGGAAGGUUUCUCUGAUGAGAAUCUUUCUUCCUACGUCACCAAGUUCUUCCAUCCUGACAUAAUUUCGGCUGAAGAUUUGAAUCGAUUUAUGUCAAAUAACGAUUUGAUCAGAGAGAACAUGGCUCCAUACCCCAUAUACACAGCUAUGAUGUGUAUCAUGUGGAAAGAAUUUGAUGGAGCUCGUCGCAUAGCAAUGUCGAAAUUACAAACAUUUUCUCAGCUCAUUAACGCGAUGGUUCAAUUCUUGGUCGAUCAUUAUCUCUUAAAGCUCGGUUUGUCCGCAAGAGACGAGAAAUGGCAUGUACAGCGUGCAGUAAUACUCCUCAAUCUAUCCAACAUCGGUUGUCUAGCGUUCCAGGGGCUCAUAGAAAGGCGAUUGGUGUUCACUGAACAAGAGUUCAAGAGCUGGCCAGGUUGUGUAAACACAGGUUGUCAAGUUGGAGUACUCACUAAACAAGCACCGAUCCUUCAGAGGAGAAGCAAAAUGAAUCACGCACAUUCCGCAGACUCAUCUGUGCAGUUUCCCCAUAAGCUGUUUCAGGAGUAUCUAUCAGGGAUGUAUCUUGCAUCUCUUCAUAACUCAAACAGAAGCAUGUACGAUAGGCUGAUGAAGGAUAUAAUCGGAAAAGCAAAGGAAUUUCGGGAGCUUCUGUACUUCACAUCGGCUCAACAAAAGGAGGUCGGAUUGGAUAUCAUAACUCGUCUAAUAACAACAACGUCAACACUCUCAAUGGGACAUGGGUGCAACGAUGACUACAUUGUUGAUGUAGCAUAUGAAAGUCAAGACCAAACAGUGGCCAGAGCUGUGGCAGAUCAUCUAUCGACUUCAUCCAGCAACACACUUAAGAUCAGGGAAGAGAUGCAGGGCCACACGGUAUCAGGACAUAUCUUCAUCAUGAAUCAUCGUAAAGUGGUAAAUAAUUUACACAAAAAGUACACACCCUCUUAA